UUGCGAACCCGGGUGUUUAUGUUUAAACCUAACCUAUAAAUGACUGUUUCUGAAAACAAUUUUGUCAAGAUUUUAUAUUAAUAUAUUUUAAUAUUUAAUUGUUAUUGUUAUAAAUAAAAGUGUAAUUAACUAUUUACACUAUUUUGUAGAGUAAAGUGGAUGCAAACUGUUAUAAAAAUCAUGUAAAUUAAUUCAUUAUACUUUGUGUUACAUGCUAACAUGUUUCUUCGAUUUUGCAAAGUUCUAAAUUAAAAUAAUUAGCUUUUGAAUAUUAAAGAAUUUUGCAAAAAAAAGAACAAUGAACAGUAUAGAAUUUGCGUCACGUUCGGGAAUUGGUAUUUUGCGAAAAUUUAUUUACAAAUUACCAACAUGGACCAAUUCUGUACUUACAUCAUCGGAAAUACAAAAUUCGCCUUUACGACAUUUUCACAAGACAAAUUUGCAUUAUACCGAAACACAAGAGUCUGUUAAUUCGGAGUCAGUUUUAGAGAAGACUGUUGUUUCGAAUGAUUCAAAAAUUCAAAAACCAAAAAUUCAUUUUGAUGACAAAUUUAAAUUGGAAAAUUUUAUGCCUAAAAGAGAGAGACCAAUAUUAAAGACUGAAUCGGUUCCGUAUUUAAAAGGAAUUCAUGGGGACAAUAAAAAAGUAUUUCUUGAUGUUUAUGGAUGUCAGAUGAACGUCAGUGACGGAGAAAUAAUAUUAUCAAUUUUGAAAGAAAAUGGUUAUAAACUGACGAAAAAUUUAAAUGAUGCUGAUAUUAUCCUGGUUCUUACGUGUGCAAUACGAGAGAAUGCCGAGAGGAAAAUUUGGGUUAGGCUAAAAGAAUUUAGGCAUAUAAUGAAUAAAAAGAGAGCUAUGGGAAUUUCCGAACAUCCGAAAAUUGGACUAUUGGGUUGUAUGGCUGAACGUUUAAAACAUAAACUUCUCGUAAAAGAUCGUCUAGUGGAUAUUGUGGCAGGUCCAGAUAGUUACAAAGAUCUACCAAGAUUAUUAGCAAUCGCUAAUGAUAAUCAAACUGCAAUUAAUGUAAUUUUAUCAGCCGACGAAACAUACGCUGAUAUUACACCAGUGAGACUUCAUCCUGAUUCAAUUUCCGCCUUUGUAACUAUUAUGAGAGGUUGUGAUAAUAUGUGUACAUAUUGUAUAGUUCCAUUCACACGUGGUAGAGAAAGAUCGAGACCGUUAAAAAGUAUCGAAGACGAAGUGAGACAAUUGUCAGAUAAUAAUGUCAAGGAAAUUAUUCUCCUAGGUCAGAAUGUUAAUAGUUAUUUGGAUUAUGCGACUGAGAUGAUUGUUGCUUCCGAAACUGAAUUGGCAAAGGGUUUUAGAACAGUUUACAAAAAUAAAACAGGUGGUUUGAGAUUUUGCGAUCUUUUAGAUAAAAUAUCGUUAAUCAAUCCGGAAAUGAGAAUAAGAUUUACGUCUCCACAUCCGAAGGACUUUCCCGACUCGGUGCUGCAAUUAAUUGCAGAAAGGCCGAAUAUUUGCAAAAGUCUUCAUUUACCGGUGCAAAGUGGAAAUUCGUCAGUUUUACAGAGAAUGAGACGCGGUUACACGAGGGAAUCGUAUUUGGAAUUAAUUGAAAACGUUCGAAAUAUUAUUCCAAAUGUUUCUCUUUCAAGUGAUUUUAUUGCCGGAUUUUGCGGCGAGACUCACGAGGAAUUUGAGGACACGAUUUCGAUUAUGGAAUUAGUGAAAUAUAAUCAAGCUUUUCUGUUUGCAUACAGUAUGCGAGAGAAAACUCCUGCACAUCGGCGUUUCGAGGACGAUGUUAAUGAGGAAGUAAAAAGAUUGCGUUUGAUCAGAAUGACCGACGUUUAUCGAAAUGAGGUGAAAAAAUUGAACGAAGCACAAAUUGGUCAACAACAACUUGUUUUAAUCGAAGGAACGAGUAAAAAGAAUGCAAACCAACUUAUCGGACGAAAUGACGGCAAUAUACGUGUAAUUAUUCCCAAUUCUCCGGUGGAAGAAAAUAGAAAUUCCUCCAGUUCAAGACAAGUGGUUCCUGGUGAUUAUGUAGCGGUACAAAUUGUCAACGCAACAUCACAAACUCUCAGGGGCGUUCCUCUUUAUUUAUCAUCAAUCGCCGAGUUCACAUCAUCAACGGAGCAAACAUACAAUAAGGCUUUUGCUUAGUUAAAGAGAAAUAAAUAAUUCAUCGCUAUUGUAAAUAAGGUACAUUAAAUUCGAGAAUUUAUUUAUCAAACUAGAUGACAUUGCCUUGAAGGUAAUAAAAUUAAUUUAACAUGAAAUAAUUUUAUUAUAAUUUUCAAUGAAAAUAUUACAUUUUUAAAAAUAUUACACUGUACAUGAAAAUUAAUAACUUUGU